AUGUCUUCUAUCCCUUCGGUGAAUCAAACAACUCGGCUAAACAUCAAUUUACGUGAACGUUGCCGUAUGCAUGAUCUUAAUGAAGCAUUUGAUGAUUUGAGAGUUAUAUUACCUUAUGCCAAUGGUACAUCGGUGAGAAAAUUGUCUAAAAUUGCCACUUUGCUAUUGGCUAAAAAUCACAUUCUAAUGCAGGCAAGUGCAAUCGAAGAAAUGCGCCGCAUAAUUCAUCAUCUUCAACAGCAGCUCCUCAACAUUUCAUUCAGUUCUUCUGACAUGCGGCCUUGA